AUGACGGAGGGUGUGUCGUCCUCGAGCGAUGCCGCCGCCGAGCGAGCUGCCGAGCAGGCCCGACUGCGGAAGGAGCGUCGCGAGGCAAAGAUCAAGGCUGGCGGCUCCUCACGCCUGAACAAGAUUACAGGAAUCGGCGGCCGUAUAGUAGGGGACAACGACCAGGCGGUGCCAGAAGCUCCCACAGACACGACGACGACGACGGCGGCGGCGGAGGCGGCAACGCCUAAGCCUGCCGCGGUCGAGGACCCUGACGAGGUGGAUAUUUCCGAGCACUACUACUCGCCCGGGGCCGCGCGCCUCCUGGCCCAGCAGCAGCAGCGCGCCGGUGCGAUGCCCUCGCCUGCGGCGACCGGCGACUUCCCGCUGCCCCCUGACGGCAUGACGGAGGAGCAGCACGCGCAGCUGCGGCAGCUGAUGCUGGGCGGUGGGCAGCCACCGGCCGGUGUCGGUGAGGAGGACCCGCUCAUGAAGAUGAUGUCGCAGAUGAUGGGCGGUGCCGGGGGCGCUGGCGGAGGCUUCCCGGGCAUGCCAGGAGGCGCCGACGCCACCUCGCCCUUUGCCAGCAUGAUGGGCGGCGCGCAGCAGCAGCCCGCGGCGGCCGCCGCAACGGACGUCUACGGCACCGUGUGGCGCAUCGUGCACGCGCUGCUUGCGCUGGGCCUGGGCCUGUACGUCGUGCUCGCGACGCCGUUUGACGGGACCCUGUCGCAGCGGCAGCUGGCUUUUAAGCUCGAGCAGCAGCCCGGCGGCGCUGACGACGAUGUCGGUGCGUCUUCGUCGCUCGACGGGGCCAGGAACAACUUCUUCUGGGCAUUUGCGACGGCCGAGGCGGUGCUUCUCACGACCAAGUUCUUCCUCGACAAGGGCCGCGCGCCGCCGCCCGGGUUCCUGUGGUCGGUCGCGGGCCAGCUGCCGGCGCCGUGGCGCGGCUACGUGGUCAACGUGAUGCGCUAUGGCCAGAUCUUCACGACGGUCCGGACGGACAUUUUGCUGUGCGCGUUCGUGCUGGGCGUGUGCGCGUGGUGGAAGGGGCAGCUGUGA